UAGUAAAUGGGCACGUUUAUUUUAUAUAUUUAGGCUUAUAUUUGUAUUCUCCUUCAAGGUAAGUACUUAUAACAUCAGUUCUAUAUCCAAAAACAACUGCUUUCUAUAACCUUCCAGACAAUAGAGACUUCUCAUGGGAAAAGCUCCAGGUGACCUAAAUCAUGACAUAGUGGCUUUAGCAGUGUGUAGAAGAUUAGAGACUGCACACAGAGCUUAGUAGAAGUGUUACUUACUGCUCUCUGCUUCUUCACUCUGCUCUACUGGGACAGCUACUAAUGGCUUUGUUUCUGUUGACUUUGCAAGAAUGAUGAUGACUUGAAUGAAUGCUGCUGGGCAGCUGUAGAACUUUGACAUCCAUCUACAUUUUUUUCUGCAGAAACUGAUUGCAUCUGAAGAUGGACGCCCUGACGUUACAUCCACUGCUGUUGCUGUUGUUUGGGUCCUUCCAAUUAGCCAAUUCCCAGUUGCCUGGAUGGAUUGGGGAGGUGGAAGGUAGUGGGGAGACGGAGUGGAUUCCCAAACCAGACUUUGUAGACGACGUUUAUUGGUCCGGGUCAGCGCCCCUUUGUUUAGCUGGCUGUAAGGCGCGACACGAGGAGUUGAGGAGAGAUCGCUGUGGAGACUCAACCUGCUGCUGGCUGGGCCAGAAGUCCCUAUGCCGAGUGAACUGCGGGAGGCCAGAUGUGGACUACAAUGGGGUGGUUUAUGGCAACGACUGGUGGGUGGGCUCUGUGGUGAGGUACACCUGUCGUCCUGGCUUCAUGCUGGUGGGAAAACCUACCAGAUCCUGCCAACCUAAUGGCCUCUGGACACCGAAACCCACGUGCCUCAGAAUGUGUCGGCGGGGGCGCGUUGAAAUCAGUGAGAGGGAACUUAAUGGGACGUGCAACUCCACCUGUGCAUACAAGCGUUACUUCGGCCCACCAAAACAAGGCUGCUCUCGGAUAGACAACUGUAUGAAGAAGGAGACUGGCUGGAAGCGGUUCUUUGCACAGUGUAUCCCUUGCAUUUGUGACUGUGCUUUGUCCUGUGCAUCUACUGGCUAGAAUAUGGAGAAAACACAAUGUUACAAUACAGCGGGGUCCAGAUGAAGAGGAAAUACACACGGCACAGCCACGCAAUGCUUCAUCCAAUUGUGUGGACAAAUCAGUGGACUGAAAUCUGGAUCUUUUAAGACAUUGAUUUGAUCGGUUUGGCAGAAUGAAGGCUUCCACCUGGGUUUCUAAAGAUAUGAUUUUAUACAACGGCAAGAAGAUAUCAGAGCUUGAAGGUUUAAAUUACUCAGUAUAUGAAUUAUGCAUUUUUAUGACGUAGGGUGGCGGCAGUGUCAGAAACAAUGUAAGAGGCCAUUUCAGAGUUGGGUCAAAUGAUAAUUUGAAAUACUUCAAAUAAAAAGUUUUACUUGAAGUGGCGCUCUGUGUUUGAUAAGAGGCUUAUUGGGUGAGCUCACAGGAUCCACAGUAUUUGGUAACUCAGACAGCAGCUUUCCUUGUCUAUGAAAUUAUUUUAUGUGACAAACUGCACCAGGACUAGCUCACAUGCUUUCUUUUUACAUGGUUCUUUAAACAUGUUUGUGUUUCUAAAGAAAGAAUGAUUUAAAGGGAAGUGAAACCACAGAGAUUAGUGUCCCAGCUCGUCGCUCCUCUCAAUCCAUCUGUCUCGGAAGGAGGUGAAACCUUAAUCUUGUUACUGAGGUAGGAGCUUUGGUUGGGGUCCACCAUGUUCACUUUUGUAUAUGUUAAGCAUCUACUGUGAAAAUGCAUAUGUAAUAUAUGUAAUAUUGCAAAAUCAAAUCUUUAUUUCUACAGUGAUUGUUUGUCUGAAGUCAACCUAUGCCUCCUUUGGAAAUGCCAGUCUCAUAUUAAGUCCUUGAUCUCAUAGACAUUAUUCCCUGGACUAUUGUGCUGGAUUAUUUCGUGUCAAACAGACUUUAAAUUGUCCUCAACUGAUGGACAGUAACCUUCCUUGCAGGUGACAUAUCUCUUAU